AUGUUCAAACCAACAUUGUUGCUCAUUAUUUUAGUUCAGCUGAUCUUGUUUUCCACGUUCUCAAUAAAAGAGGUACAGAGUGAACCUGUAGCAUUGGGUGCCUGUGGUUCAGGAUCAGCAACACCAACAUUACAGUUACCAAAGGGACAAUGUGGACUACCAUUACCAAGUGGAUUCAGUCCAGCAUCAGUUAGCAUGGGAUUCUUCUCGAAUGGAACUAGAUGUGGAGAGUGCUACAGAGUGAUAGGACCAAGAUCAUCAAUUGUUGUAAUGAUCAUCGAUGUCUGCAAUCAAGGUGCCGCAUGCUACCAGAAUGAUCGAGCACACUUCAUCCUGUUGAACAACGAUUUCUACAAGAUAGCAUCGACCAAUGAAUCGGCAGAGAUUUACUCACUUGGCUACCAACAAGUGAGCUGUGAGCAUCCUGGUAACAUCAAUAUAUCGUUUGCCGGUGGUGGCGAGGGAUACACUGACUUUGCCUACUACUUCCGAGUGAUGUUGUCUUUCUACACGGUGGGCAUCAAGACGGUCCAGGUGCAAGGCACUGGUAUGGCUGGCUUCCAGGUGAUGAAGUAUGAAAAUGGUGGAUUCACUUGGAACAAGUUGGACGAGUCUACCAAGUUCAUCUUCCCAGGCACACUGCUGAUCACUGCUCAGGACAAUGAGGCCGUCACCUAUACGUUCAACAAUGUAACUCCAUACACAGAGUAUGACACGCACAAACAGUUUACACCGAGUGCACAGGUAUCCAAUCAGACAGAUUGCGAGAUGGGCAUGGUCCAGCAGUACAUCUAUGACGACCAUGUGCUCUAUGGGUGGGAGUCAUUCAACAGCUUCAACUUCUCGCAGUACACAGUGUUUGACACACAGAGUCCCUUUAGUGGUGAGUCCGACAUCAAGAUGGAUCUGAAUCCGCAUGGAGGAUUGACAUUCAGUCGAGAUGGUGGCUUUACAACGCGCUACCUAAAGACGAUAUCGUUCGCAGCUAAAGCAUCACAGGCAGCGUCAUUACGAGUGUUCUUUGGAUCGUUCGGUGCAUUCGUACUGCCCUCUAAGCUGACGACCAACUGGCAGAAGUUCUACGUACCGAUUGGUAGUCUUGAGCCACGGCCAAUAGAGUAUAUGAUCAGCUUCUACAACAACCAGGACAAGGGACUGACAUUCUACUUUGAUGACUUCCAGUGGGAGUUCACUGAUGACGUACCGUUGAUACCACCGGUCAACUUGGGCACCACGACAUUCAAUCCAACCACGACGGAUGAGCCAGUGGACAGUCACGAGCUGCCUACUACACUCAACUCACUGUUCCCAACAACAGGCGGUGACUCAACCACAUGGGGAACAGGUAGUGUUUCAGAGGCAUCGGCCAGCAGUGACAUAUUGGUCGGUACAACCACCAAAGGAACGAUCACAAGGAAGUAUCCUGUCACUGGUCCAUCAAGUGAUUCAGUCAGAAUCAAUGUCUCCUUCCACACUAUAUUAUUAUUAUUAUUAUUACUACUGAUAUCAUCGAUACUGAUCUAG